AUGGAUAGGACAUUCUCCAAGGCGGAAGAAGUCAUCAUCGAUCUCGGUAGUGAUCUGGCUUCAGACGUUUUGGAGGGUCUGGACCACUACCACCACAUUCCAGACGAUAUCUGGGACCGAGCUCGCGUGAUUGUUCAAACAAAAAGCUUCCGGGCCUGUUUCCAGUUUCCCGAGCUUCCGGAGGUCGGAGACGCCUUCUGGCCUGCAUAUACUAAAUUCAUGCUCCGGCCUUGGUUCAGUCGUGUAUGGAUAAUACAGGAAUAUGCCCUUGCGAAGAAGGCCAGCUUUCUCAUCGGCAGUGAGAUCAGACCCGGUUCUUACUUACCUCGAGGCAUCAUUCGCGCUUUACAGUACAUGGUCUGGCUGUACCAUUCUGACUGCAGGGAGCCCCAUGAAGAAAAACCCAACGACGAAUUCGCCAAGUGCGUGUGGGAGUUCGAUCGACCACAUACUUCCGCCCUUCUGAUCCAGGAAGCCAGAGAAUUCCAGCCCGGAGGGAUGCCGCUCAACACCCUUCUUUGGCGCACCAAGCGAUUUGACGCCACUGACCCAAGAGACAAAGUUUAUGCGGUCCUGGGCCUUGUCGAAGAUUGCGCGGUAAAGGACAGGAUCUCCAUUAAUUAUAGAACUAAGAGCAUACAUGGUAUCGGUAUGCAAGUCGCACAAUAUCUUAUUGAAUCCGGAAAAGGACCUUAUGUUCUGUACAACUGCCUUGGUGUCCGGAGCGACAAAAUGUCGUGGGCUCUUGUCUUGACCGAUCCUAACAUCGAUGCAUUUUCGGAUUUGUAUCGACCAACAGGACAGCUCGACAAUUUGGCGUAUCUUUCAUGUGGAAGGAGCCAGUUUCAGUUUAAAUGGGGACCGAGCCCGGUUGGCAAAAAUUCCAAAGGAGCACAACCGACCAUCGCUGAGCGUGUGAGAAGACUGGCCAUUAUGAACUAUUGGAUGCAGCCCGACCAUGGCGGUGGCGGACCUGCACUCAUCGUGCGUGGCUGCAUUAUCGAUAGGGUUGACUCGAGAGGUCCAGCUCUACCAUACACAAGUAUGAUAAAGCAAGAUGACGUUACUGGCCUAUCCUCCUGGCUUCCAGACAGCUGGGACUGGAUGAUAUCUGUGCAGCAACUUCAACACUUGCCACUUGAAGAGUUUACCAUGCAGUGCUGGCAGACUGCAAUUGCUGAUCUCAUCAUUCCGCCCGAAGGCGAAGGAAGGGGUUAUGUUCGCGCCAGCAAAGAGGAGGUGACUCCGCUGUGUCUGAGAGCGAUCGACAACGCAGCCAGAUUUGUAUCUGCUCAGCGUAGGAAUGCAGUGAAAGAGUUUCGACCUACAAUGCCUUUAGACGACAACUUCGAAAGGUAUAACGCCAUUCUCUCUGAGAGUUUCAGGUACAGCUUCGGCCGGCGGCUCGGAGUCACACGAUAA